CAAGCCUGAUUUGGCUCAACAUCUGAUCACUUCGCGGAUGCAGAUUGGGCGAUUUGCCCAGUUGACUCGCCUAGUCCAUGGCUGAGGGCCGUUGCGAACUCAGCGCGGAGCUGCAAGUCCUCCAGGAACUUGCAGCUCCGGAUGGCACCGUAGAGGUGGAACGCAUGAAGCAGGUCUUGGUGAAAAUUGGAAUGCAACCGGCAGACGUGGAUGCCAUCAUGAAGUCGCUCUCGGACAAAAAUCGAAUUCCCUUGUCCGACUUUCUGCGCUGGGUGUCGCCGACUCCGACAGCUCAGACAGCUCACGACACCAAUUUGAUUCUUUGUACGGAUAGCUACAAGUUCAGCCAUUGGAAACAAUAUCCACCAGGGACCGAGUACGUCUACAGUUAUUUUGAGAGUCGAGGCUGUGAAAGGAAAGAGUGGAAUGAGGUGGUGUUUUUUGGUCUGCAAUAUUUUCUCAAGCGAUACCUCCUAGGCAAGGUUAUCACACAAGAGAAGAUCGAUGAAGCAGUGACGAUGUGUUCCGAACAUUUCGUCGGAGACGGCCUUUUCUACAAAGAAGGUUUUCAAUACAUCUUGGAGAAACACGGAGGUCGGCUACCAAUAUCCAUCAAGGCCCUUCCGGAAGGCUCUGUUGUGCCUACCAAGACUGCCCUGUUCACCAUGGUAAACACCGAUCCCAAGUGCUUUUGGUUGACGAACUUCUUGGAGACGUUGUUGGUGCAGGUCUGGUAUCCCAUGACUGUUUGCACCAACAGCCGCUACCAGAAGAAAUCCAUUCAUGAAGCUUUGGUAGAUACUGGGAACGAAGAUUGGCUCAUUCCAGGUGGCUCGGUCUUCAAACUGCACGACUUCGGUUUCCGCGGCGUCUCCUCGGUGGAGUCCGCCGCCUUGGGUGGUGCAGCGCACUUGGUGAACUUCCUGGGAACGGACACCGUGGCGGCCCUGCUGUGCUGCAAGAGGU